ACGGCAAAUGAUGAGAACGCUGUCUGGGCAAUUUCGCUCCAUCAAACGCCCAAAUCAAAACCCUAAAUUAUCCAAAUCGUCGUCUCCUACAAAAUCAGAAGUAAAAUUCAACAGCAAACCAAAAUCAGAAUCAUGGUUUGUUUAUCUCAUCCUCUCCACCAACCAUCCAAUCAAAACCUACGUUGGGAUCACAACAAAUUUCCCUCGCCGUUUGAAGCAGCAUAAUGGUGAACUUCAAGGUGGUGCAAAGGCAUCACGUGCCGGAAGGCCAUGGAUUUGUGCAUGCAUCAUUUGUGGUUUUACAGACCGAAGUGAAGCUAGUGUAUUUGAAUCAAAAUGGAAAGCUUUUUCAAGGAGAGUUUCCCGCAAAAAUCAAAAUGAGAAUCUCUCCAAGCAAAGUGAAGAUCCAUCAUUACCACUGUUGCGACACAGACAAGCAGCUUUGAAUAGAGUAAAAGGCUCACUUGACUGCACUCACUUAGAAAUUAAUUGGCAUUUGGAUCCAUUGUGAUUCAACUCCCACGUGUUUCAAUUAAGUAAGUGUAAUUAAUUCAAUUGACAAAACUUAGACUAUAUGGUAUAUAUAGUAUUUAAUAGCAAUUGUACCAUAGACAUUGAUUGCUUAUUGCAGUAAGGUCUCUGUAUAGCUCACGAGUAAUGAAAUGGUAUACAAAAAA